AUGAGACCAAAAGUUCAAGUGAAUGAUGUGAACGAAGACCCAUGCCAAGAUCUGCUGAGUCAGCAGGACAGCAGUAGCUACGAGGGAGCGGUGUUGUGUAGAACUCACUCCGAUUGUGAGAUACUGGACCAGUUGUGUUGUCCCACUCCCAACACCCCCGGCAAGAGGGUUUGUGUCAAACCAGCCGCCAGGAAUCAUGUCACCGUCACACAUACACCUCUGCUAGGCAUAGUGCCCCGCCACUGUCCUCCCGAGGAGCGACUCCCCGAGCCACUGGCUGUCAAGAGCUGUGAGACGGAUGCCGAUUGCUGGCCACGUGUAUGCUGCCCCGAGGGAGGCCCUGCCGCCCCCACACUAGGCGCUAAUAGCGGGAACCUGGGAUCUGCCACCCCUACAGUUGGUGGCGUUCUGGGCGCUAAUAGCAGUAACCAGACUAGCUACUGUCGCACCCCGCAACCCCCCUGGCAGAGACUUGUCAACAACCACAGUCGCACUAGUCGAUUGCUUGCACCCGUGCGUAACAUGAUGGCGUACCUGCAGUGCACCCCUCCCCCUCCACCGCUGUACGACCUCUUCCCGAAGGAAUGUCGCUCGAUGCUCGACUGCUUCCCCAACCUCUGCUGUCAGGAGCACAACAGGAAGGUCUGUCGACCUCCCCGAAAGUCUCUGCUCGCGCUCAUAUCCAAUCUGGGAGUUGUAUGAAGCAGUUGGAGCGAUAGUGAACAAAACAACAAAUGAUUUGGAAGAGUAUUCAUGGAAAGAUGAUGUCUUACUUUCUCCAACACAUGCCAAGUCUAAAGGGAGAAAAAUAUGUACAAAAGUACUACUUGAAGUCAAGUACAAAAAUAUGCAGCUUGGAAAAGUUGCAAACAAGAAGCCACCCUAUGAAGAACUAAUUUAAGUUACCAAUGUACCUAAACAGUAUUCAGUGUUCGUAAAUUAUUAUUGUGGAGUAAAUCAAUAAAAAACAUUGAAAAUGUGUUA